AUGUUGUCACCCGCGCGUCCCUGCCCGGCAGAUGGCGAUGACGCGUCGGACCUUGCUCGAGUGCGUGGUGACGGUGACGACGACCGAGGCGAGCCCCCGAGAAGCAAGAGGGCGCGAACUCAAGAGCGUAGAGCGAUGCAGGCAUGCUUUCGAUGUCGCAAACAAAAGCUACGCUGUCUUGGUCGCCGGCCAUGUGUAAGAUGCGUCAAGGCGAACAAAGAAUGCGAUUUCGGCAAAGGGAACGCGGGCAACAUCGCUCACCCUCCGAAUGUCACCGUCGGCACCGCACAACACCACGAACAACAGCAUCAACAAGAGCGUAGAGCGAUGCAGGCAUGCUUUCGAUGUCGCAAACAGAAGCUACGCUGUCUUGGUGGCCGGCCAUGCGUAAGAUGCGUCAAGGCGAACCAAGAAUGUGAUUUCGGCAAACCGGGACAAGCGCCCGCCGCCCCGAACUCAAGCACAAACACGAACAGGAAGGUGGUUGAGGAUGGAGAUGGGGUGGCGGCUGGAGCUAGAUUGGAGUACCUGGAAAGCCGCGUCGUCAACCUGUUGGCUGGACUGAGACGAGCCCGGCGCCAGCGGGGCCGAUCUUCUGCCUGCUCCGCCCGCAGCUUCCCCCCGCAGCUCCCCCCCGCAGCUCCCCCCGCAGCUCCCCCCGCAGCUCCGUCUUUAGCCCCGCUCGCCGCUCCAGUGGUAGCCCCCGUCACGGCUCCUGCUGCUGCUCUCCCGGCCUUUACGAAUACUUCUACACUUCCUCUGCUCUCCACGUCCGGUCCUCCAACAACCCAGGGGCUAGGGCAGGUGAGGUUUGGCAAUUCGCCAGAAAUCAACUUGAUCUCGCCGCAUUCCUAUUCCAGCCGACCCGAGACAAUAUCGCCAUCAAGAGAAUACGACGCAGGGGGGCGCGAAAAGCAUAAGGAUAACCAGGAGGAGGCCGAGGAGAGGCUGGCUUCGGCCACCAGGGAUGGAUUUGAGCCCCCCUUUCAGGCGCUGGUAUACCAGCCAUCGGUCUGGGAGAACCGGGAAGGAUCAAAGCGGAGCUCGCCUCUCCCUGAUGAACAACCAGUGCACCCUGCCCCCAUACCACAAUGGGGCGCACGAGACGAGCCAGUCACCUCGGGUGUGAUCGACCUUGACACGGCCAGAACCUUGUACACAUUUUUUAUGAAUCAUUGCCACCCCUUUUUGCCCAUUGUCGACAUCACCCUUCCCGACCCUUUUACCUCAGUCCAGCGCUAUCCGUCACUCUUCUCCGCAAUCUUGGCAAUCUCCGCCCGGUUCUACCUCCGUCACUCGACCACAUCGCACAUUAUCGACUCUUCUGUCCCAGCGGCCCUCGCCGAUAUAGCCGAAUCUCACCUCGCCCAUACCUUGCUCCGGAAAAGACAUACCUUGGCAGAUGUGCAGGCCAUCUUGCUGCUUGCGGCUUGGGGAUUACAGAGUGGUGGAAAAGGGCCCGACGCGUGGGUCUUGACGGGGCAUGCGGCGCGUGUGUCUAGGAGGCUGGGGAUACAUCGGGCCGUUGGGCAGGCUGUGGCUGCGACCAAGAGGGACGGCUCACAGCUCGAGGCUCCGGUUGAUGAGGUGGAUGCGGCCGUGCGGCGACAAUGGAGGACGUGGCUGGCUUGGUUCAGCUUCGAUUCCUUCCUUUCAUUCGGGUUCGGUCGACCUCAAUCCACCCAGUUCGAGUCCAUCGACGAUCAAGCUUUCCUCAAAGCCCGCCUAUCUCAACCGCUCCCCCGGCCAGGCACUCCAGCCGGCUUGUCGCUGUAUGGCGACGCGUAUAUUGCAGCGACGGCUCGAUUGGCUCAGAUCGCUCGAUCAUUCGUCUUGUGGGUAGAGGAGCAAGAGCCAGUUGGGUCUCUGGACGGCCAGUCUUUGUUGUCGAUGUUGUCGAGUUUGAACGGAAGGUUAGACGACUGGUGCAAGCUCUGGGUCUGGCCCGGAUCGUCUCAUGCGCUUUAUCUCGGCGCGUCAGCACGUAUAGCCCGACUGCAGGCCGAGCACCUUCGCCUGAGCAUCAAUGCCAUGGCUCUCCGCUCGUCGACCCGCAGCGACGGUCACGAGAGCAGCGUCACAUACCUUCGCAAAGCGCUCAACGCAGCGACAAGCACGAUCCAAACACAUUUCGAAUCGAGUCAGACCGAUCUCGCUCUGAGCUUUGCUACGGACUACAUGACCAUGGCCUUUGCCCAAGCUGCAGUCUUUCUGAUCCGCUUGACAAAGGCAUCCCCCUUCGUCCAGCAGGUAGUCUCGCUCGACCCCGCAGUCGUCAGCCAUUACCUCACCAUGUCGGUCGACCUGCUCGAACUGGGCGACAUGUCGGAAACGCGCUUGUCAGCCUACUUUGCACGGACUAUCCGAGGAAUUUCGCGUGCCGCAGGACUCGCUAUUCGUCCUGACGAUUCCACGACUACAGCCGGUGUGGCUGAGGACGGACGAGGAGAUCAGCCUUAUGUGCCCGAGCAGUCAAUGUUGCUGGUGAGCGCGGAUGGUGUAGGCGACGCCGGACUCUACGACGCCGACACGUUCUGGGCGGGACAUGAUCCAUUCGACUUGAGCUGCGUGCUCGGCCUGUCGGGUGUUGGUGUGGCGCAGGAUACGGAGUGGCUCGACCCGGCUCUGGGGAAUCUGGGGUCCUUCACUCGACCUGCAACGCCUGGGAAUAUGAUCUUUGGUACCGGGGAAGGAUCUGUCUGA